AUGGCAAGCCCAACGACCACCGGCGGCUAUUCCAUAAAUGUCAAUGAUCCCGGCCUCAUUUCGCUGGUCAACAAGCUCCAGGAUGUGUUCUCCACAGUUGGUGUACAAAACCCUAUCGAUUUGCCCCAGAUUGCCGUCGUUGGAUCGCAGUCAAGUGGAAAGAGUUCAGUAUUAGAGAACAUUGUCGGUCGUGAUUUGUAUGCGCUCUUUCCUUCCCUCCUGAGAGGGCUUCCACCACCAAACAUCCCGCCGCGGCGGUGGCGGGGCCCUUCCCGGUGUCGUCGUCAGCCAUUGCUAACCACCCGCUUCUUCACAUCUAGCCUGCCCCGUGGCUCAGGAAUUGUUACCCGGAGACCUCUUAUUCUGCAGUUGAUUAACAAGGAUGCCAGCAGCCAAUCGAACGGCGACGUAAAAUUGGAGACAACCGAUAGCGAGUCCAAUAUCGACGAGUAUGGCGAGUUCCUGCAUUUGCCAGGCGAGAAGUUCUAUGACUUCAACAAGAUCCGAGACGAGAUUGUUCGUGAGACGGAGACCAAGGUCGGCAAAAACGCUGGAAUUUCGCCGGUCCCCAUCAAUCUGCGCAUCUACUCGCCCAACGUUCUCACCCUGACCCUGGUUGAUCUGCCUGGGUUGACCAAGGUCCCAGUUGGAGACCAGCCCAAGGAUAUCGAACGUCAAAUCAAGGAUAUGGUGCUCAAGUACAUCAGCAAGCCCAAUGCCAUCAUUUUGGCCGUGACCUCGGCCAACCAGGAUUUGGCCAACUCGGACGGUCUGAAGUUGGCCCGUGAGGUAGACCCCGAGGGACAGCGCACUAUUGGUGUUUUGAGCAAGGUCGAUCUGAUGGACGUCGGCACCGAUGUGGUGGAUAUUCUCGCUGGCCGGAUUAUCCCCUUGCGCCUAGGAUAUGUCCCGGUCGUUAACCGUGGUCAACGUGACAUUGAGAACAAGAAGCUUAUUGCCUACGCUCUGGAGAACGAGAAGAAUUUCUUUGAGAACCACAAGGCCUACCGGAACAAGGCUUCGUACUGUGGUACUCCGUACUUGGCGCGGAAGCUCAACUUGAUCCUUAUGAUGCAUAUUAAGCAAACCCUGCCCGAUAUUAAGGCGAGAAUUUCCUCCUCCCUUCAGAAAUACACCACCGAGCUGUCGCAGCUGGGUGACUCGAUGCUCGGAAACAGCGCCAACAUCAUCCUCAACAUCAUCACGGAGUUCAGCAAUGAGUACCGCACUGUUCUGGAAGGUAACAACCAAGAGCUAUCUAGCAUUGAAUUGUCCGGUGGUGCUCGUAUCAGCUUUGUGUUCCAUGAGCUAUACUCCAACGGUAUCAAGGCCGUUGAUCCAUUUGACCAAGUGAAGGAUAUUGAUAUCCGCACCAUUCUUUACAACUCAUCCGGUUCAUCUCCGGCACUUUUCGUCGGUACCACCGCCUUUGAGUUGAUCGUCAAGCAGCAGAUUAAGCGCCUUGAGGAGCCCAGCAUCAAGUGUAUCUCGCUUGUCUUUGACGAGCUGGUUCGCAUUCUGGGUCAGCUCCUGACCAAGCAGUUGUUCCGUCGCUACCCUAUGCUCAAGGAGAAAUUCCACGCUGUGGUGAUUGCGUUCUUCAAGAAGUGCAUGGAGCCAACAAACAAGCUGGUCAAGGACUUGAUCGCUAUGGAGGCAACCUACAUCAACACCGGCCACCCCGAUUUCCUUAACGGACACCGUGCUAUGACUAUUGUAAAUGAGCGCCAGCACGCCGCUAAGCCCACCCAGGUGGACCCUAAGACUGGCAAGCCCCUGCCGGCCCGUGCUGCGAGCCCUUCCCUGGACACCACCGGAUCACAGGAUCCCAACGGUAGCGGGUUCUUCGGCAGUUUCUGGGCCUCAAAGAACAAGAAGAAGAUGGCUGCUAUGGAAGCCCCGCCACCCACCCUCAAGGCUUCUGCCACUCUGUCCGAGCGGGAGUCUACCGAGGUUGAGGUCAUCAAGCUUCUGAUCACUUCCUACUUCAACAUUGUGAAGCGCACAAUGAUUGACAUGGUCCCUAAGGCUGUCAUGUACACCCUGGUGCAAUUCACCAAGGACACAAUGCAAGGCGAGCUUCUCGAGUACAUGUACCGCAGCAACGAGCUGGAUGACCUUCUGAAGGAGAGCGACUACACCACCCGCCGGCGGAAGGAGUGCCAACAGAUGGUUGAGAGCUUGGGCCGCGCUAGCGAGAUUGUCAGCCAAGUCCAGUAA